UUGCAACUUUCUUAUUUAAAAGACUUGAACUUCACUCUCUCUUCAAAGAAACCACACUCAUGGCGACACUUCUUCUCUCACCUUCUUCAAGCUAGUGUUUCAUUUCGUUCAUUACAACCAUGAUGAGGAGAAGAUCCAUUUUCUUCCUUCUCCUUAUCUUCCACGCGCUGUUACUCUCACGCGCCGAUGAUUCUCAUUCCAACCCCGAGAUCGACGCACUCACUGCGUUUAAGCUCAACCUCCACGACCCACUCGGUGCGUUAACCUCAUGGGACCCCUCGACCCCCUCGGCUCCCUGCGACUGGCGCGGCGUCUUCUGCACCAACCGCCGCGUCACUGAGAUCCGUCUUCCCCGUCUCCAGCUCUCCGGAAGAAUCUCCGACCGUAUCUCCGACCUCCGCAUGCUUCGUAAGCUCUCUCUCCGGUCAAACUCCUUCAACGGAACCAUCCCUCCUUCGCUCGCCUUCUGCACGCGCCUACUCUCCGUCUUCCUCCAGUACAACUCCCUCACCGGAAAACUCCCCCCGGGGUUGAAGAAUCUCACCGAGCUAGAAGUCUUCAACGUCGCGGGAAACCGUCUCUCCGGAGAGAUCUCAGGCCCUUUAUUACCGUUAAGUCUCAAGUGUCUCGACGUCUCCUCAAACGUCUUCACUGGUCAGAUACCGAGUGGACUCGCUAACUUGACUCAGCUCCAGCUUCUCAACCUCUCGUAUAAUCAAUUAAAUGGUGCGAUUCCUGCGAGCCUCGGCAAGCUUCAGAGUCUUGAGUAUCUCUGGCUAGACUUCAACCUCUUGCAAGGGACGUUACCUUCUGCUUUAUCCAACUGCUCCUCAAUCGUUCACCUGAGCGCGUCGGAGAACGCUAUCGGCGGCGUGAUUCCCGCCGCGUUCGGCGCUCUUCCCAACCUCGAAGUCAUCGCUCUCAGCAACAACAACCUCUCCGGUACCGUCCCCUUCUCUCUCCUCUGCAACACUUCGCUAACGAUCGUUCGGUUGGGAUCCAAUGCCUUCUCCGACGUCGUGAGGCCUGAGACGGUUAACUGUCGUAGUUCCGGUUUACAAGUCUUGGAUCUCAGUGAGAAUCGAAUCUCCGGGCGUUUUCCGAUGUGGUUGACGAGCAUCGUAUCCUUAACGAAUCUUGAUGUUUCUGGAAAUGUAUUUUCCGGCGAGAUUCCGGCGGAGAUCGGUGGCUUGAAGUUGUUGGAAGAGCUCAAGUUGGCUAAUAACUCUCUUAACGGUGAGAUCCCGGUUGAGAUUAAGCAAUGCGGUUCGUUAGGGGUGCUAGAUUUGGAAGGAAACCGGUUAACCGGUUUAGUUCCUGAGUUUCUAGGCUACAUGAAGGCUUUAAAGGUUUUGUCUCUAGGAAGAAACAGCUUCUCAGGCUACGUUCCUUCGUCUAUGGUCAACCUCCAGCAGCUUGACCGGUUAGACUUGGGUGAAAACGAUUUGAACGGGAGCUUUCCGGUGGAGUUGAUGGCGUUAACGAACUUAUCCGACCUGGAUCUGAGCGGAAACCGGUUUACCGGGGAGGUUCCGGUUAGUAUCAGCAACUUGAGUAACCUCAGUUUUUUAAACUUGAGUGGGAAUGAGUUCUCUGGUGAGAUACCGGCUAGUGUGGGGAAUCUGUUUAAGCUAACGUCUCUUGAUUUAAGCAAACAGAACAUGUCCGGGGAGAUUCCGGUUGAGCUCUCCGGUUUACCCAACUUGCAAGUGAUUGCGUUGCAGGAGAAUAACUUCUCCGGUCUUGUCCCUGAAGGGUUUAGCAGCUUGGUGAGUUUACGGUAUGUGAACUUGAGCUCCAACUCGUUCUCCGGUGAGAUACCGCAGACUUUCGGGUUUCUUCGGGUGCUGGUGGCGCUCUCGCUGUCGGAUAAUCACAUCUCCGGGUCUAUACCGCCUGAAGUUGGAAACUGCUCUGCUCUUGAGAUUCUCGAGUUGAGAUCAAACCGGUUAACGGGGAAUAUUCCGGUUGAUCUCUCGAGACUUUCUCGUUUGAAAGUGAUGGACUUGGGUCGGAACAACUUGUCAGGUGAGAUCUCACCAAUGAGCUCGUCUCUCCAGUCGCUGUCACUUGACCACAAUCAUCUCUCGGGAGUCAUACCUGAGUCUUUCUCUCGGCUAUCAAACUUGUCAAGGCUUGAUCUCUCUGUUAACAACUUAACCGGGGAGAUUCCACCUCUUAUUGCAACUAACUUGGUGUACUUUAAUGUCUCGAACAACAAUCUCAAAGGAGAGAUUCCACCUUCUUUCACCAACCCCUCAGACUUCUCAGGCAACGCGGAGCUAUGCGGCAAGCCGUUGAACCGAAAAUGCGAAGGCAGCACGGCGGAGGAGAGGAAGAAGAGGAGGAAAAUGAUUCUGAUGAUAGUCACGGCUGCGAUAGGCGCUUGUCUCUUAACGCUCUUCUGCUGCUUCUACAUCUACACACUCUUGCGCUGGAGAAAGAAGCUGAAACAACAGUCUGCAACGGGGGAGAAGAAACGGAGUCCCGGUAGAACAAGCGCGGGGAGCAGAGUACGCAGCAGCACGAGCCGGUCGAGCACGGAGAACGGAGAGCCGAAGCUGGUGAUGUUCAACAACAAGAUCACUCUAGCUGAGACAAUAGAAGCGACGAGACAGUUCGAUGAAGAGAACGUUCUCAGCAGAACCAAAUACGGUUUGCUAUUCAAAGCUAAUUACAACGAUGGUAUGGUUCUUUCGAUCCGCCGCUUACCUAAUGGCUCUCUCUUGAACGAGAACUUGUUCAAGAAAGAAGCUGAGGUUCUCGGGAAAGUCAAGCACAGGAACAUCACUGUCCUUAGAGGCUACUACGCCGGUCCACCGGAUCUGAGGCUCUUGGUGUAUGACUACAUGCCUAAUGGUAAUUUAUCUACUCUGCUUCAAGAAGCUUCUCACCAAGAUGGUCAUGUCCUGAACUGGCCAAUGCGUCACCUCAUUGCUCUUGGGAUCGCUCGAGGACUCGGUUUCCUCCAUCAAUCCAACAUGGUUCAUGGUGAUAUAAAGCCACAGAAUGUACUCUUCGACGCCGACUUCGAAGCCCAUUUAUCCGACUUCGGGCUUGACCGUCUCACGGUUCGAUCCCCUUCAAGAACAGCAGUCACAUCAGCCACCAUAGGGACGUUAGGCUACGUUUCUCCAGAAGCUACAUUGUCCGGAGAGAUCACAAGAGAAUCCGACAUCUACAGCUUCGGCAUUGUCCUACUCGAAAUCCUAACCGGGAAGAGACCGGUGAUGUUCACACAAGACGAGGAUAUAGUGAAAUGGGUUAAGAAACAGCUUCAGAGAGGUCAAGUCACAGAGCUGCUAGAGCCAGGUCUGCUGGAACUAGACCCGGAAUCGUCUGAAUGGGAAGAGUUCUUGUUAGGUAUCAAAGUCGGACUUCUUUGUACGGCCACGGAUCCUCUUGACCGACCAACAAUGUCUGAUAUUGUGUUCAUGUUAGAAGGUUGUCGUGUUGGUCCUGACGUUACUUCCUCCGCCGAUCAACCCUCACCGGCCUAACCGCUUUUUAUUUAUUUUCUUUCCUGAUUUAAAUUCUUAGUAAGAAAAAAACAAGAACUAAUAUUUUAAAAAUUCAGCAUUAUUAUUACAUUAUUUGUCGGUCUUUGGACCUUCUUUAAUGUCUUUGUUGGAGAUUACGAA